AUGAAUAAUUGCAGUAUACACACGGCAAGCACGGAGUUCAUCCUCACAGGUCUGACUGAUGACCAUGACCUAAGGAUCAUACUGUACCUAGUGUUCUUGGUAUUUUACAUUAUCUCUGUUAUUGGAAAUGUGGGCAUCAUUGUAACUAUACAGCUCGGGGCUACUCUGCAGACUCCAAUGUAUUUUUUUGUCAGUCAGUUGGCAAUGCUUGAUCUUUUCUAUUCUUCUAUAAUAACUCCAAACACACUGGCAAACUUCCCUCGGAAUAUUAAAUCCAUAUCUAUCGGUGGAUGUGCCACACAGUUGUUACUAUUCGGAGGUUCGGCAACCACAGAAAGUUAUUUAUUAGCGGCCAUGGCCUAUGAUCGAUUGGUAGCAAUACGCAAGCCUUUGCUUUAUGUAACCAUCAUGUCUAAUGCAGUAUGUAGAUAUUUGGUGGCCGGUGCAUAUUUUGCAGGAUUUUUGAACUCUUUAAUCCACAUCAGUUUUAUCUUUUCAUUAAAAUAUUGGAAAACCAACGUGAUUGACCAUUUUUACUGUGAUAUUCCACCGCUCUUUAAAUUAACAUGUUCUGAUACAUUUCUGAACUGGGUGAUUAUUUUGAUUUUUGGAGGAUUGACUUCUGUCAUUUGCCUAUCUACCAUUCUGUAUUCAUAUUUAAAUAUUCUGCAAACUAUUCUAGGGAUUAAAUCCUCAAAAGGAAGAAGUAAAGCCCUUUCCACCUGCACAUCUCACCUGACCUGUAUCUCUGUAUUCUACAGCACUCUCAUGCUCACAUAUCUCAGACCUCCAUCAGAAUCUUUGCUAAUGAAUGACAAGAUAACCUCUGUCUUCUACACAGUAGUCAUUCCCACAAUAAAUCCAAUCAUUUACAGUUUAAGAAAUACAGAUGUAAAAAUAGCAGUGAGAAACAUUUUUAAUAAGUAUUUUAAGCCAAAUGUUGCUUAA